AUGGCGGAAUUAUUUUUUUCAGACUUUGGCUUGUUUUGCUACCUGAAGGAGCUCAGAAAGGAAGAGUUCUGGAAAUUUAAAGAGCUCCUCAAGCAAGAACCUCUGAAAUUCAAACUUAAGCCAAUCCUGUGGCCUGAGCUAAAGAAGGCAUCACGAGAAGAUCUAGCAAAGUUGCUGGACAAGCAUUACCCAGGAAAACAGGCAUGGGAGGUGACACUGAGCCUGUUUCUACAGAUCAAUCGGAGUGACCUCUGGACCAAGGCUCAGGAAGAGAUCAGCAAUAAGCUCAACCCAUAUAAAAAUCGCAUGAAGAAAAAAUUUCGUCUUAUAUGGGAAAAGGAAACCUGCCUUCAAGUGCCUGAUGAUUUCUACACAGAAACCACAAAGAAUGAAUAUGAAGAGCUGACCACUGCAUAUACUGCUGACCAGGCUGGUCAGCCUGUCCUCACUGUGGUCUUGCUAGGUUCUCAAGGAAUUGGCAAAACAACCCUUUUGAGAAAAGUGAUGUUGGAGUGGGCAGAGGGAAACUUAUGGAAGGAAAGAUUCACAUUUAUCUUCUUCAUCAACGGCUGUGAGAUGAACAGUAUCACAGAGACAAGCUUAGUGGGGCUCCUCUCCAGGGACUGGCCGGAGUCUUCAGAGCCGAUUGAAAACAUUUUCUCCCAGCCAGAGAGAAUCCUGUUCAUCAUGGAUGCCUUUGAGAAGCUGAAAUUUGACCUGGACCUUGACACCAACUUGUGCAAUGAUUGGCGGCAGCGACGACCAACCCAGGUUAUUCUGAGCAGUCUGCUGCGGAAAAAAAUGCUUCCAGAGUCUUCUCUGCUGGUCGCAUUGGGAAUGACAGGCAUGAGGAAGAAUUUUUACCUGUUGCAGCGUCCAAAAUACAUCGCCCUUUCAGGACUCUCUGAACAUGAUCGGAAGCUGUAUUUCUCCCAUUUCUUCUGGGAGAAGAAUAAAGCCUUGAGAGCCUUCAGUUUUGUGAGAGACAAUACAUCACUGUUUGUCUUGUGCCACUAUCCCCUUGCAUGCUGGUUGGUCUGUACUUGUAUUAAAUGGCAGCUGGAGAGAGGAGAAGACCUUGGGAUUGCCUUCGAAAGCACCACUUCUCUGUAUGUUUCCUUUUUCACCAGUGUGUUCAAAUCGGGACUUGAGAAUUGUCUGCCUAGGCAGAGCAGAGCCCGACUCAAAAGCUUGUGCACUUUGGCUGCAGAGGGCAUCUGGACUGACAUGUUCGUGUUUCACCCCAGGGAUCUCAGGAAGAAUGGGGUAUCGGAGCCCGAUGCCUCGAUGUGGGAGAGCCUGCGACUUCUCCAAAGGAACGGCGGCCGCUUUAUCUUCAUCCACAGGUGUGUCCAACAGUUUUGUGCCGCCAUGUUCUACCUGCUCAGACAACCCCAGGACAACCCUAAUCCGGUCAUCGGAACUGUGUCCCAGCUUAUAACAGCAGUUGUGACUCAAGCCCCAACCUACUUGUUGCAGACGGGGGUCUUCCUGUUUGGGUUUUCAACAGAAAAAACAACCAACGUGUUGGAGACAUCCUUUGGUUUUCCAUUGUCUAAGGAGAUAAAGCAGGAAAUAACCAAAUGCCUUCAGAGUUUAAGUCAGUAUGACGCCAAUUGCAUAGUGGUGAAUUUUCAUGAAUUGUUCAACAGUUUGUUUGAGACCCAGGAGAAAGAAUUUAUAACACAAGUGAUGGAUUUCUUCGAAGAUGUUAGUAUUUAUAUUAGUAACACAGAUGAUUUGGUAGUGUCUGCAUUCUGCCUCAAACAUAGCCAAAAUCUGCAGAAGCUUCACCUAUGUAUAGAAAAUGUGUUUUCGGAUGAUUGCAGAAGCAUUUUAAAGUAUAAUUUUGCUUCCAGCCUUGGAAAUGGUGUAGAAUUCUUUAAGGCUGUUCUUCACAACCCUCAUCUGAAAUACCUGAACCUAUAUGGCACCAACCUCUCCCGUGGGGAAGUGGGGCAGCUAUGUCAGACACUGAAACACCCAAUGUGCAACAUAGAGCAGCUGAUCAUCAUCUUCAUCUCCACCAUCCUUAUCACCACCAUCAUCACUACCACAAUCUUCACUACUACCACCACCAUCACUACCAUCAUCAUUAUCUCCACCAUCAUCACUACCAUCAUCAUAAUCACCAUCAUCUCCACCAUCAUCACUAUCGUUAUCACACCAUCACCACCGCCACCAUCAUCAUUUCAGAAAUACUUGGGCAUUUUGUUGGCGGGUUGUUACCUCACUCCCAUUUGCUGUAAGGACCUCUCUGCUGUUCUUAUUAGCAAUGAAAAACUAAAGACCCUGAAACUAGGGGACAAUAAUAUACAAGAUGCUGGUGUCAAACAGUUAUGUGAAGCUUUGAAGCAUCCUAACUGUAAACUAGAGAAUCUUGGGCUGGAACUAUGUCAGCUCACCACUGCCUGUUGUGAGGACCUGGCCUCGGCUCUCACUGUCUGCAAGUCACUGAGGGGCCUUAACCUGGACUGGAAUAGCUUGGACCAUGAUGGGGUGCUGGUGCUGUGUGAAGCCUUGAGCCACCUGGAUUGUGCCCUGCAGCUGCUCGGCAUCUUCAGGUGA